ACUCUAAGCCUAAGAUGUGGGCCGUUACUCUUUAUGGGUUUAUCAUUUUACGGAAGUCUGUACACCUUUACAAGUUUUACGCAUAAGUCUGAGAUACGUUUACUGUUUAGAGUGACCGUUAAUCGGACGUUUUUGUUGAAUGUUUUUAUGUCGCGCCGGUGUUUGACCGGCGGCUUAGCAGCCACUGGGUCUUCCAGCAGGAAAAAGCGCCAACUUCUGCUGCACCGUCCGAAAUUAUCAAAUACUCCGCAAAUGACUCUAAAACUGGAUAUUCCGUGAAAUUUAUUAAACCUCGGCCGGGGAUGACUCAUUUAGUUAGGGGCGCUAUUGUAUCUCAGUAGAGAAGACAUCACCCUCAAGCUACCAGAAUAAAAAAAGAUGCCAGGUCUUCAGGGUGAAAAUGUUGUGGCGGCGCUGGGGAGCCCCAUCAAGAAGAGUAAACUGUCUCUGAAGUUCUUCCAAAAGAAAGAGACUAAACGGGCUCUGGAUUUCUCUGAACCCCAAGCAGAUGAACCCAAAACGGCUGAACCAGUGGAGCCUGAGGCGAGUAGCUGUGAUCAGGUGGUCCCUGGUCCCUCUCCCUGUCCAGCCUCACCUGGUCUUCUGCUGCCAUGUGAGAAGAGAGAGAACUUGAUGCCGUUUGUGGGGCUCAACAACCUGGGCAACACCUGCUAUUUGAACAGUAUCUUACAGGUUCUGUAUUACUGUCCAGGACUCAGAGGAGGCAUAAAGAAACUGUACAACCUGACAAAAAGAAAAGACAAACCAAAGGAAGAAACUGAUAAAAGUGAAGAGCAGACAGAAAGUGUAGCUGAGUUCUUGCCAGCUCACAUUGAACUUCUUGGAAGCUUCAACAGUCUGAUAACCUCAGUGGAGCAGCUCCAGUCCAGCUUCCUGCUCAACCCUGACAGCUUCAGCGAUGGAGAGCUUGCCACGCCUCCUCGCAAAAUACUACACACACUCAGGCAAUUGAACCCCAUGUAUGAAGGCUAUCUUCAACAUGAUGCCCAGGAGGUGCUGCAGUGCAUCCUGGGAUAUAUCCAGGAGGCCUGUGACACCAUCAGGAAGGAGCAGGAGCUGGAGCGAGAGGAUAACGAUGUGACAGAAGUCAAAAUGGAGAAUGGCGUCCAUUUGGAUUCCAGCGACUCUGUAACAGAAUCCAAAACCCCCACAGAGGAGGACGGCCAAGUCAGUGGCAAGAGGAAGAGCGACACAGAGGUGGGAAAUGCCAAGAAGAAGCCAAAAUCUGCCAAGUCUAAGAAAUCUGAGGUGGAGGAAGACAGCAUCAGCAGAAACAGACCCCUCACUCGCUCCAAAAGGAAGUCCUCCAGUGACAUCACAGUGGACAGCACCCAGAAUAAAGACGGAAAAGAGGAGGCAGCAAAGGAGGGGAUGAAGAAGCCAAAUGGGGAGGAGGAAGGAGGGAGUGACAGUGAGGGGAAAGGUGAAAAGACAUCUAAAGAGGCAGAUGGAAAGAGAAAGAAAAGAGCUAAGCUGGGCUGGUUGAGGCCUUCUGGGAAACAGCCGAGUAUUUUCUCCAAGUUCCGCAGUGUGGGGAAGAUCAGCUCCAUGACUGUGAAGACCCAAAACAAACCAGAACAGGAGAACGGACAGAGUGACAAAAAAAGUCAGAACGAGAAGAACAGCGAUGAGCGAUCACCGCAAAACAUGGCUGAAGACAAGAGAGCAAUGAAGCAUCAAGAGGGCCUGGACCUGAUGGAGCGCCUGUUUCAGGGCCGGCUAGUUCUGAGGACUCGUUGUCUGGAGUGUGAGAGUUUCACAGAGCGGAGAGAAGACUUCCAGGACAUCAGUGUCCCAGUGCUCGAUGACCAACCCAGCAGCCCAGACGAUCUCUCAGAGGUGUCUCCAGACCCAAAACCAGAGCUGAAGACUCUGAAAUGGGCUAUUGCCCAGUUUGCCUCAGUGGAGCGUAUUGCUGGAGAGGACAAAUACUUUUGUGAGACUUGUCAUCACUACACAGAGGCUGAGAGAAGUCUGCUGUUUGACAAAACUCCUGAAGUGAUCACUAUUCAUCUGAAGCGCUUCUCUGCCAACAGUCUAGAAUUGGACCCGUAUGCUGGCCUCUCUAAAGUGAACACUCCGUUGCAGACUCCUCUUACUUUGUCUCUGGAGGAGUGGUGCACCCAUCCAUCAUCCACUAAGGGUCAACACUAUGAGCUGUUUGCUGUGGUCAUGCACAGUGGCGUCACCAUCAGCAGCGGCCACUACACUGCCUACAUCCGUAUGUCUGACCUGAAAGAUGUGAAGCUCUGGCAGCAGGACCGAAAAGAAGCAGAAAAGGAGGAGGAAGAGGAGAAGGAGAGCAAAGAGGGAACACGGGUGAAAGAAGAAGCGCUGGACUACGAUGAUGGAGAGGUGUCUUUCAGCUUGAACACAAGGGGACAGAGAGGUGCCAGUUUGGCUAGCAGCAAAACGGGAGGCAAAAAGCUGUCUGAGGGUGGGGUUGGACUCCUGGGGGGCCAGAGGAGUUUGUCCAGUUAUGAGCUUGGGACCAGCAGCAGCAAACACACAGAUAAAACAGCCAGCAGUGGAGCAACAGAGGGAUCUAAACGGAGAAAAACAAUCAACAGUGUGGGCCAAAACACUGAAGCUGGACUUAAAAAGGAGCCUGAGGCAGGAGAGGAAGCAUCUGUGGCUUCUUGUGAUGGGGUGGGGGCGACAGAACAGCAGGCUUUGAACAACCUCCUGGAAUAUGAAGGCAAAUGGCUGCUGUUUGAUGACUCUGAGGUGCGUUUGUUUGAGGAGGAGGAUUUCCUGCGAGCCUGCUCUCCUGAGAUGUGCUCUUCAUCGACACCUUACCUGCUGUUCUACAGACGGAUGCCUGAACCUGGAUGCUAACAUGAACAUAGGGACUGCUGUUGACUCAGGGGGUUCUGCCAGUCAGGCUGUUUUUGGCAGCUGAGCUCUCAGAAAAAAAGACAGUUGUAUUUUGCAAUACUACAGACAGUGCCAAAAAUACUGCGGCUGCCAUAUUAGAAUCUGAACUGACGUUACUUUUCAGCCCAGAAUCUACUUGGGGCUGGGACUGUUUACACCUUCUCAUCGACUCCAGUUCAGGUUCUAAGUCAUAAUUUAGAAAUACUUAGACAAAUGGGGAUAUAAUUUUCUAUGUGCCAGGGAUGUCUAAGCCUUUUUGAAUCUUUUUUUGUACAGUCUCUGUACUAUCUGUACUAUCAUUUCUUUGACACUGGCUUUUUUUUACUGUCAUUGUCUACCAUGUCCUUUUUUUUGUUAUGAAGUUUGUAUGGUUCCUUUUUACAAAAUGGAAAAGCACUUUUAAACUAAAAUUUUAUUAAGUCAAAAUGUUGGAAUCUUUUUUCCUAGUUAAAUGUUUUUCUGUAUUCUCUUAAGUUGGAUUACAAUUUACAGGAGACUCAGUGCUAUGUAUUCGGACUGAUUAUGCAACCUUAAAAGCCAAAUAAAACACAAAAAUCCACUCUGUUCAGACUAAAGCAAUGCAGAACAUGCUGCAGAAAUAUUUCUUGCAAAAUUUUCUCUAGUUUUUCAGAAAAGCCUUUACCUGGCUCUCAACCUCUUUGAAAUUUUUUUCUCUGCACUGAUACUGUGUUAAGUUUAUAGAUACAAAUAUGAACCUAUUUUUUUAUAUCUCAAGCCUGAAAUUGAUGCUGGUGAAACCAACAGAUUUGGGCUGAUUUACAAGUUACAGUAACAUCAAAUAUUUACAGAAAACACACUAAAUUGUUAACUAUGUAAUAUAUAUCAAACUUGCAUAUUUUGUUGAUACUGCUAAUAUUCAACUAGUUUAUGCUGGGUGGAGUAUCUCACUCAUCUUUUUCAAGGUGCAAAUUCAGUGUGAAUAAAACUUAAACUCAAA